GGUAACUCGGUCGCGGCUUCUGACAGCCGCGGGCCCAGCGAUCGGCCUUAGACCGAACUCGGGCAGAAUCGCGAGAUCUUGGUUGUAGCGUAUUGUUCUUAUACACUGUGGGUUGGAACCUCAUCUUCUAGUAUCUCCACUUCACUUCUAGACUAAAGCUAUGGCGAAUGUUUACAAAAUUGGUUGCAUGCCCGGCGAUGGCAUCGGCGCUGAAGUGAUCGAGUCCGCAGUCGCGGUUCUUCGCGCAUGCGAGACCAAGUGCGGCGACUUCAAGCUCGAAUUUACAGAUCUGCCCUACGGCACCGCGUACUACAAACAGACCGGAGCCUACCUCCCACCCGACGGCCUCGACACUAUCCGGAAAUUCGACGCGAUCCUGUUCGGCGCCGUCGGGAUGCCUGACGUGCCUGACUCUGUGUCGUUGUGGGGUCUCCUGCUCGCGAUGCGGGGACCGCUGCAGCAGUACGCAAACCUGCGACCGGUCAAAUGUCUCAAGAGUAUAGUCCCCGCCGUGCGGACCGCAAAGCCUGAGGAUAUCGACUGGGUUCUGGUCCGUGAGAACAGCGAGGGCGAGUAUGCAGGUCAAGGAGGCCGGUCUCAUCGUGGGUUCGAUUGGGAGGUUGCUACCGAGCUCGCGAUCUUCACCCGCCACGGCGCACGCCGGAUCCUGCGCUACGCGUUCGAGAUUGCGCAGGCACGGCCGAGGAAACUGUUGACAGUGGUAUCGAAAUCUAAUGCGCAAAGGUACGGCAUGGUUAUGUGGGACGAGGUAGCUUUGGAAGUCAGCAAGGAGUUUCCCGACGUUAAAUGGGAUAAGAUGCUUGUCGACGCAAUGACUGUUCGCAUGGUUCACAAACCAGAGACAUUGGAUACCAUCGUCGGCUCAAAUCUCCACAUGGACAUCCUCUCUGAUCUGGCCGCCGCCCUGGCGGCAUCAAUCGGCAUCGCUCCGUCCGCAAACAUCGAUCCCACCAGACAAAGCCCCUCGAUGUUCGAGCCCGUGCACGGCUCCGCGUUCGACAUCAUGGGUAAAGGUAUCGCCAACCCCUUUGGCGCGGUGUGGUCUGCUGCCAUGAUGCUGGAUUUUCUGGGCGAAGCGAAAGCUGGCAAGAUGAUUAUGGACGCGAUGGAUUCUUGCUGCGAAAUCGGGCAGACUACUGGUGAUUUGGGAGGAAGUUUGAACACUGCGCAGGUCACUGAAGCGCUUAUUAAGGCUAUUAACGGCUAUUGAGCUGAUUUGCUUACAGCGGCUGCUGUAAUUGUUUUUUGAUCAUUUUUUCGCGAAAAGAGUAGAUGGUGCAGUUUAUUGAGAUGUGAUGUUUUCGCAAAUUUAUAUCAAGACUUACCUAGAUCUUAAACU